AUUCCCCGCCCCCUCCCCGCCCUCUGGCCGCAGCGUGGCGGAGCCCCGGAGGGCGGGGGCGGAGCUGGCGUCGCUCUGGGGGCGGGAGGGCCACCGCGGCCCGGCAGGGCAGGCAGGCGGGCAGGCGAGAGAACCCUCAGAGCAGGACGACCGGCAAAAGCAGGCGACCCAGCGCCCUGGAGAUGUGACCCGUGACCAAACGAGGACUUCGUUCACCCACCGAGGCAGACCCCAGCAUCCUCAGGUCUUGCCCCUGGACACCUGGCCCUCAGCCCAGCCUGGCCAUGGCGUUGUGCCUGAAGCAGGUGUUUGCUAAAGACAAGACAUUCCGGCCCCGGAAGCGCUUCGAGCCGGGCACACAGCGCUUUGAGCUGUAUAAGAAGGCACAGGCAUCACUCAAGUCGGGCCUGGACCUUCGCAGUGUAGUGAGGCUGCCACCAGGUGAGAACAUCGACGACUGGAUCGCCGUGCAUGUGGUGGACUUCUUCAACCGCAUCAACCUCAUCUACGGCACCAUGGCCGAGCGCUGCAACGAGACCAGCUGCCCCGUGAUGGCUGGAGGGCCACGCUACGAGUACCGCUGGCAGGACGAGCGUCAGUACCGGCGGCCAGCCAAGCUGUCGGCACCACGCUACAUGGCCUUGCUCAUGGACUGGAUUGAGAGCCUCAUCAACGAUGAGGAUGUCUUUCCCACUCGUGUUGGAGUCCCCUUUCCCAAGAACUUCCAGCAGGUCUGCACCAAGAUCCUGACCCGCCUCUUCCGCGUCUUUGUCCAUGUCUACAUCCACCACUUCGACAGCAUCCUCAGCAUGGGGGCCGAGGCACAUGUCAACACCUGCUACAAGCACUUCUACUACUUCAUCCGAGAGUUCAGCCUGGUGGACCAGCGGGAGCUGGAGCCACUGAGGGAGAUGACAGAGCGGAUCUGUCACUGAACCCAGGCCUGGACAUUGUUGCCCAUCAGAUGGACCACCUGAACUAAACACAGAGUGGCUGGGGGAGGGGACACUUAGGAGUCUAAUGGCAGAGGAACCUGAAGGCCCUGGGACACCUCCACAUACCCAAAGCCCCUCGACUUCUGGUCCUCAAGAGCCUGCCCACGUAUCCCCUGACUGCUUGUGAAUGGAGAAGGAGAGAAUUUAAAGGUGGGCAAAUAGAUGGAAAGGAAGAGCUAACCCUCCGACAUGAAGUCUGGGGUAGGGUAGGCUAGAGGGUUUCUGCUCUAAUAUGUGACCCUUCCAUGGUGGUUCCCAAGCUUACAUGGGGAAUUGUGGAUAUGGCGGAGGUGAUGGCAAGAAAGGUACAAGAGAGUGAGCAGCCUGUGUGAGAGUACAAAUGACUGUGUGUGUGUGUGUGUGUGUGUGUGUGUGUGUGUGUGUGUGUGUGAUUUCAUUGUGGAGUGUGUCUGUGAGAGCUAGCUGCCUUAGACCCUCCCUGGCACAUUGUAGACCCUCAUAAAUGUUAGGUAAAUGGAUGGAUGGAUGGAUGGAUGGAUGGAUGGAUGGAUGGAUGGAUGGAACAUUGAGGACCACAUGGCUAGUGAAUGGACUCUUCCAGGCUUGGAGAGCCCCCAUCUUGCAAGUACCUGCCUCUUUCCAAACCAUUCCUGAGACAUUCCAGCUGUUUAGCUCUCAGAGCAUAGCUAUCCACAGAGAAACUGGGAUGUUCAUUCAGCAAUCCGUUACUCAGCACCCCCAUGCCCAGCCCUGUGCCCGGAUCCACAAGUGGGGGAACUGAGGCAGGGAUAGGGCCCUCCCCUCCCAGAGCCGCCACACUUGGGAGGCCAGAAUGGAGAGCCAGAAAGGACCUGAGGAUCAUCCAGAGUCACUCACAGAAUCCUCCAUGUACAUAGGAGGAAACUGAAGCCAGGAGGAGAGGAGGGAGAAGCUGUCCUCACAGCAAGGCUAAGUGGAGCUGGAGUAGAAACCAGGGGACCUGAUCCCACCCAGGGCCUAUGGAUUGCUACAUAGGGAAAUGAGAAGCACGUGGAAAGAGGGUUUGACAGCCCCUCUCCAGAACACAACUGUUCCUGCUUU